UACGGCAACUCGAUCGUGCGAGCAAUUUCGUGCGAUACGAUUAUAAACAGUGAAAAGGUGGGCGACAGGUGAAAAGCUCUUCGGCUGUGUUUGGAGAUGUCCGAUUUAUGUCACAAAAUUUGAGUGACAUUGUUGGAAGAUUUCCAUCUUCUAUUGGAGAGUUAUUCACGUGUUAAACCUGUUUAUGGUCAUCAUGGACUACCAUUGUGGAUAAUUGUUUGGACGAGGGAAGAGGGGUAAUUUUGGCUUUUUGCCUUUUGGUUUGUCUGCGCUGCCAGCAUCAUUCGGUCAGCUGUUUGGAGGAACCACGCAUGUUAACGAACGGCGCAUUCAACUCGCUCCGAACUCCGCUAAUUUACCGAUACCAGAAUUGAUGUUUCUUCGUUCAGAAUCUGGAAAUACGUCAAAGUCCGUCCAAAAUGUAUAGACCAUCUAGUUAUGAUGACCAGUCAGAUGGAUUUUACGACCAGCAGGUGCCCUUUCUAGACUCACAGACUGUUCCUGAUGUUGAUGAAGUCCCUGAUUGUGAAACCUGUACUGAAGGUGCAUCAUGUGGAAAACCAAAGGGAGAUUUGGAUAAAGAUUCCAAAGAACUAUUUCAUGAUCUUGAUCAAUUACAAGAAGAAUGGUUAGCUGAUGAUUUUGGCUACGGUCCAGAGUCAGAACCAGAACAGUAUGUGCCCGAUUUCCAGUCUGAGAAUCGUAAGUAUAUAAUAUGUAAUCAUUGCAAAAAUGAAAAAAAAGGCAUACAUGUUGAUAAUGAUCAUGUAAAAAAAAAUGAACAUGUAGAUGUAAAUAAACAUGUAAAUAAAAAGCAUAAAAUAGUCUUAUACUCUUAUUCAUGUCAUUUUUUGCAUCCAGAGAAGAAUGUUUUCAUGGAGAGAGGUUUUAAAUUAAUCAACUGGACAUAACAGUCAGUGUCCAGUCAUGGGCAUAGAUCGACCGUUUUAUUAACUGGGCACCUCAUGGAUAAUUUUCAAAGAUGUUAUUUUGGACUUGCCUUCAAGUCGGUUGCAUUUCCAUUAGUUUGGACAUGGUUUAACAUUCUUAAAUUCUGUUCAGAUUGGAUAUAAGGUCUUUUUGAGAAAUAAUGUAAUGUAUGUACUUUGUAAUAAAUUCUUGUCUGUGAUUGCUCGAAUCAAUCAAAGCCAAGUUUAGUAGCCAUAUUAUUACUGGAUGGAAUGUUUGUAUGCUGAUACUGAAGCAAGUGGGACAAUCAAAUCAUGUGUAGUCCAAGUAUGAGUGGCUAUAUUCAUGUAUAUAGGCCGGGGCGAACAUCCGGGCAUUUCUUGAGCCCUAGCCAUUGACCGGCCGAUGCACUAACGACCCGUACAGCAGCACAGCAUUUUGACAUACCUACAUGUACAAUAUAUAAUACACAAACCUUGCAUUCAUACUUUGUGCUGAACGUCAUAAUAAUCAAGUUUACCCAUUUCAUUACCUGGAAGUUUACAAAUCUUUCUGAAAUUUUUAGCGCUGUUUCUGACAUUUAUUUCUUUUUGUUUCUUAUACUUUGUUUUCAUCGCACUUAGGUCAGUGCUAGCAAGUAGCAUUGUUAAGUCGUUGUGAUGACACUCCGCCCCAGUCAAUAGGCUUAUACAUUCAAGAUUUUAGUAAAGUGCAUCCAAAAUUAAUAUGAAAAACAUAUUGCUUGCAAAGGAAGUAUUAUACACUCAAAAAGCAAUGUUCAAGAGUGUACUAUGUAGGCCUACUGUAUCUCAGUUUUAAAAUGACCACACCAGGGAAGUGCUUCCCUGAUCGCACUGCUAUUUGUCUGUACUAGAAAUUUGAAUUUUGUCCCUUUUAUUUGUAGUGCAUGGCAGGUUUUUGCUUCACUGUCCUCAUUUUGCGAUAAACUGAUGCUGGUGGUGACUUCACUUCAAUAGAAUUCAGCACAUCCAAAAUUUAUGUAAAUUUCCUCAGAUUUUGUAUUCCAUUUCAUGAGGAAUUCAGGCUAAUGGGGACCAAGCAGUCUCCUAAAUUGAGGUACAUGUAUGAUGGUUGGUGAUAUAUUCAAGCCAGCUGGUACCUGUACAAGUUUAUAACUUUGACCUCCCAGGUGAUGUAAUGCCAGUGACAUUGAAGUGACAUGAAAGUGCCAUAAACAAAGUUGAUCUGAAAUAAGUGGGUGCCAUCAUUCAAACCUUGUGUGAUUCACUAGGAGGCCUGUUACAUCUAAAGUUUCCUACCCGAGACCCGACCGAGACCACUUGCAACCUUGACUGGAUUAUUGGUGGAUUAGCUUCGCGAAUGGACGAGUCCGAAAUGUGGUCUGUUUACAUCACAGCGUUCAUUCCUUCCCCUAUCAGUACGGUUUAGAGCAGUAUCUGAUAGCUAACACCAAAGGGCGCUCUUGAUCUAGGCUCUGAAUAAUUUGCGCGCGCUAAUUGAAGUUGUUUACAUUUCGUUACACUCAUCGGCUGCUAGCUCGCCAUUUGGUUACGAUCGGAUAGUGUACGUUACGUUUAUAG